AUGUCUCGGGUCCUGAUUGUGCUAGAACUGAGAAUAAUAUUCUCCCCUCAUCUUCUUCCCCACGUAGCUCCUAUGCGUCAGCUUGUAGGAACCACCGGUGCUGUUGGUUCAAUCGGUCUGACUUAUCGCUCUCUUGGCAACACUCUAGUCUCCCCCACACCCGCUAACGACCGAACAUCAGGAGAACCUUGCCCUCAGAAUCAGCCCCUCCCCAGCCACCACCAUCAUCGUAGUUGGUCACAGUCAGAGAAGUGCGUCAUUGAAGAGGUGGACGGUGGAAUCGUCAUCACAAAGUCGUCCACACAGCCGGUUUCUGCGGUAGUACCCCAGCCUGAAGCACACCAUGAGAAGCAUCACCUGCAUUUGCGAGAUGUUCCAGCAGUGUCUUAUUCGUCGUCGGAAGAAGAUGAUGACAUUUACUAUGAUCUGCAUGAGAGCGAAUCUGAUGACACUUUAAAUCGUGAAGAAUUCAACAACAAGUCGAAUGUUGAAAAGAACGAGUCCGAGGGUACAAAUGAAGCACAGGAGAAGUUGACCGGCCACUUUGGCUCCUUGCAGGUCGAGCCCACUCCUUCCUCCUCCUCUCCCAAAGCGGUCUCUGAAAGUCCUGGCACUAUGAAUAGUACACUCCCGCCUAAGUACUCUCGGAUCUUUGCCUACGAUGGACUCUACGACGACGAUGAUGAGAAGGAUUUGGGCUCACUUCAAUCAGAGGGUUCUGUUAUCUCCUACCUGAUUUCUCAGCUUCGUAUCGGUAUGGACUUAACCCGCAUCACCCUCCCCACUUUCAUUCUCGAGAAGCGCUCCACUCUGGAAAUGUACGCCGACUUCCUCGCCCAUCCCGACCUCUGGAUCGUCAUUGGCGAUGGGCCUACGCCCCAGGCACGUCUCAUUGCCUGCCUCCGGUGGUACCUUUCAGCAUUCCAUGCAAGCAGGCGCACCCCCGUUGCUAAAAAACCUUACAACCCCAUUCUAGGGGAGAUUUUCCGAUGCUGUUACUACAUUGGACCUGAUGGUCAUUCACAAUCUUCUGAUUCCUCUGUUCACCCAAAACAGGCAGCGUAUUCCUCUCCAAUUUCCGGUUCCUCCGAUGUGGAUAUUCCACCCAACUUUUCUAACGAAGAGAUGGCACGUCAUGGACCUAUUCCGUAUGCAGCUGAUGACUGUGUAGUUUUCCUGGCUGAGCAGGUAUCUCACCAUCCACCCAUCUCUGCCUUCUAUGCAGAAUACGUCCCAAAGCGCAUCCAAGUCUCCGGCCAUAUCUGGACGAAAUCCAAGUUCCUUGGAUUGAGUAUCGGUGUGGAGAUGGUCGGUAGUGCCACAAUUGCCCUUCUUGAUAGACCAGGAGAGGAAUAUGUGGUCACAUUUCCUUCCGCAUAUGGACGCAAUAUCCUGGGUGUACCAUGGGUUGAAUUGGGUGGAACUUGUAAAAUAAACUGUGCAAAAACUGGAUAUUCAGCGGAGGUUAAUUUCUUAACCAAACCAUUCUACGGAGGCAAAAAGGAUCAAAUCAGAGCUAAAGCUUUUGUCCCCGACAGUGAUAAACCCUUCCUCACUGUGGAAGGUGAAUGGAAUGGCCAAAUGACUGCCCGUUGGGCUGACUCCGGGAAGAAGGAGUUAUUUGUAGACACCAAAGCUCUUCCAACAAUGAAGAAGCAGGUUAGACCGAGGACUUCUCUUUUCGCUUUUUUUUAUGGGAUGUGGGAGUCAGUGACACUCAAUCUCAAACAGGGUAACAUCGAUGCCGCCACAGACGCCAAAUCGUUGCUAGAACAACGCCAACGUCGUGAAGCCGCUGCCAGGUUGGAAGCUCGCCAGCGAUGGUUGCCCAGCUAUUUCAUUGAAUUUAAUCGGAUAGAUUCAUCUCGGGCUAGCAUUGCAUCUUCAAAUACUCCGGUACUUGGGGAUCAAGUCCAGUACAAUUUCAAGUGGCCUCUAAUUGAUCGCCUGUUUGGUUCCACAGAAGUCUUUACAGAUGCUUCUAGGACAUCCAAGGAUGCUAAACAACAGCAGAAAUGA